AACUAGGAACUGUAACACGAUUCAGUCCACACAGGACUACACCCACUGAAGCUGGCAGAAACAAAAGUCCGAGACAGUCUCACAUAGGCUACCUUGCGCGUCCACUAACUCAUCGUGUGAACGAGUGUUGAUCUCGUGAAUCCAGCCACUCAGCAGCAUUUACAUCUCUCCAUCACCUGAUCCUUUAUUACGAUGGCAGCGUUGGGUAACCGUGGAACUGUGACCGAGGCAUCAGGCUUCAAUGCAGAUGAAGAUGCCCAGAAAAUUUAUAAUUCAAUGAAGGGAGCUGGCACCAACGAGGCGACUAUCAUUGAGAUUGUGGCUCAUCGCACUAUUGCGCAAAGGCAGAAAAUCAAGGAGGCUUUCAAACGUACCAUUGGAAAGGAUCUGCUCGAUGAAUUGAAGUCAGAGCUCACUGGAAACUUUGAGAAGGUUGUGGUUGGUCUGAUGAUGCCUGCGCCAGUGUACGAUGCCUAUGAACUGAGAAAUGCCAUCAAGGGUGCAGGAACAGAAGAAGCGUGUCUUAUUGACAUCUUGGCUUCCAGAAGCAAUUCUGAGAUUAAAGAAAUCAUCGCUACUUACAAGAAAGAUUAUGACAAAAGUCUUGAGGACGACGUCUGCGGAGACACUUCUGGAAUGUUCCAGAGGGUCUUGGUCUCAUUACUUUCGGCUGGCCGUGACGAAAGCUUAAAGGUGGAUGAUGCCCUGGUUGCCCAGGAUGCAAAGGACAUCUUUGAGGCAGGCGAGGCACGCUGGGGAACAGAUGAAGUCAAGUUUCUCACUGUGCUUUGCGUGAGGAGCAGAAAUCAUCUCAUUCAAGUGUUUAAAGAUUAUCAGAAGAUUUCAGGACGGGACAUUGAAGACAGCAUAAAGCGAGAGAUGUCUGGGUCCCUGGAGGAUGUCUUUUUGGCAAUAGUGAAAUGCCUGAAAAACAAGCCUGCAUUUUUUGCUGAAAGACUCUACAAGUCAAUGAAGGGUUUAGGUACCACAGACAGCGUGUUGAUCAGGAUCAUGGUGUCUCGCGCAGAGAUUGACAUGCUGGACAUUAAGGCCGAGUUUCUUAGGAUGUAUGGAAAAACCCUGCAGUCCUUUAUAAAGGGGGACACAUCGGGCGAUUACCGUAAGAUCCUGUUGGAGCUGUGCGGUGGGGAAAAGUAGGGAGCUGCGAAGCGCUUACUGAAGGCCAACAGCAUUUCAAACACAUUCCCUGUUAUAAACGACAAUUAAAACCUAAUAGUAAUGUUCUGUUUGUUUAUUGCCUUUUAAAUGUAUGAGUCAUUUAUAAAUUGGCAUGUUGAAGUUUAUAAUAAUAAAAAGGCCCAUGUUGAGUCUA